ACAUUCGACCUGAAAAUAUAAAAUCCCUAAAUUGAACUUUCGCUUAUUCCUCACAUUGUUCACAAGUACACCAGUUACGUGAAAACCCUCGUCUGACCACCACUGCCGUCGUCAAGUACUUGAGAAACCAGACACAUAGAGAUGCCGGAGCCGGAGAAAGUCGACGCUUCGUCUCAGCCUUUAGCCACCGGAAUGCAACAACAAUUAUACAAACGUCUUCUGAAUGAACAGGUUCAAAAGCUAAGGAAACAAGUUCCAGUAUAUCAAACUAACAAUGAAGGAGCUGGACAUCAACCAAAAUUCAGAACUACCAUUUGGAUUGAUGGAGUGAAAUACACAUCCCCAAACACAUUUCACAACCGUAAACUGGCCGAGACAGAUGCUUCUAAAUUCACACUUUUUGCUAUAAGACAGAAGCUAAAAGACGAAGCAUUGAAUCAUCUUUGUGAGGAUAAAAUUUUCUGCAAGGCUAUUCUUAUGGAAUAUGCUGUGAGGAUGAAUACACAGAGACCGACUUAUCAGACAACUCAAUUGGGGUCAUCACCUCCAGUUUUCCGUUGUUGUUUGGUUUUUAAUGGCGCUUCUUUUACUGGAGAUGACUGUAGAAGCAAGAAGGAAGCUGAACAGUCUGCAGCACGUGCUGUUAUUUUGAAAUACUUAGAGUCUGAAACAGGAAUCAUGUUGUCAGAGAUAAUUAAGUCUAAGUUCAAUCAUAUUCCAACAAAGGAUAUUCAAAUUGCUCAGAGUGACACCAAUGUGGUAAAUGGCCUUGUUGCAUUGAAUGAGGCAAAAAGCAAUGAAGUAACCAAAAUCCCUUUACUCAUUACUACUACUACUUCUACUUCUACCCCUGUAAACAUAACUCAAACCCUAGAAACACCAAUUAUCCCAGUGUCUACAUCUACACUUCCAACUUACUCACCACCCUUAAUGACUCCACAAAUACCCACUCAAACCACCACCCCAGUGUCUACAGUUUUGGCACAGACCCCAUUAAUCCAAUCCAUUCAGACACCCACUCAAACUACUCCUGUGCCUAUACAGACUCCUCCGGUUGUUGUUGGAACUACUUUUUCUAAUGUAGUUCAACAAGACACUGCUAUCCCUGUAACACAAACACCCACUCAAACUCUUUCAAUGCCUACAGUCAUGGCACAAACACCAACUCCAAAUGUUUUGGCACAAACCCCCUCGAUUUCUGUAACAAGUAUUGCGCCUUAUAAUCCUGCAAUUCAGGUUUCUAAUAAUAGUAGUAAUAGUGUAGCUCAACCAAUAAACUCAGAGGCCUUGCUGCCACCUGUAACUGUUGCUGCUUCUUCACUUCCAGUAUCGACUCCAGUUACUGGUAAGAAGAGGAAAAAUAAAAACAAGAAAAAUGCCCAAAAGAGAAUGCGAGCUGAGAAUCAGGUGGCAAUGUCUGCCAUGUUUCAUGGUCAAGUUCCCACUUUUUCUGCACAAUAAGUCGAGCUCUGUAUCUGUAAGAAUGAUGGAUAAAGUUCCGUUUUGUUUGUGGAAGGUGUGUGUAAUGAAUGAUGAUGAUUCAUGAAGUAGACUUUUUUAGUAUAAAAAGCAAGUGAUUUGUGAUGCUGCUAGUGGCUUUGUAGUGAUAAAAGCCGUAUUUUAAAGUUGUAGGAUUAUAGUUACUGUUUGUUUGGGUAAUAACUUUUACUAUGUAACAAUAUCAUAUGUUGGUUUUCUAAUUCAUUGUAGGUUGUUACUAUA